GGUACGUAUCUGUAAAUUAGUUUUUCUCUUUGGACAGCUGCCUUGUACUUAAAGUUUCGUUUUCUUCAUAACCAUUUGAGACUAUGACCACACGUCUUAAAAAAAAUAGAAAGAAGCGUGGCCAUGUGUCGGCUGGACACGGACGUGUAGGGAAGCACAGAAAGCAUCCUGGUGGACGCGGUAAAGCUGGUGGUAUGCAUCAUCACCGAAUCAACUUUGAUAAGUACCACCCUGGUUACUUUGGAAAAGUUGGUAUGAGACAUUUCCAUAUGCUUAAAAAUCAAACAUUUUGUCCAACGAUUAACCUGGAAAAUUUAUGGUCAUUGGUUCCUGAACAAGUUCGUGAAGAGGCGGCAACUAAGAAAUCACAAGGUUUAUGCCCGGUAAUUGAUGUCAGACAGCAUGGGUAUUUUAAGGUGUUAGGGAAAGGAAAAUUACCGGAACAGCCAGUUAUUGUUAAAGCACGUUACUUCUCUGAAAAAGCUGAACAACGCAUUAAAGCUGUUGGUGGCGUUUGUAUUUGUCAAGCGUAGUUUCGUAGCGUCAUGCUAUUCAUUAUUUCCACGUUACUCUCAUGUUAAAAAUUUUUUUUUUUUGUCACGUAAAAUUUAGAGUGAAAGUUAUAAUAGCUAAAAAUUAAAUGAUCUUGAGAAAAUCUAUUAAAAAACAUUAUACAAAGCAAGUCAUUCAUUUAUUGAACUAAAUA